AUGCCGGUUCGAGUCUCACAACAACCGCCUACAUCCAAUAAUUUGUCCAAUUCAUCUACCACAACAACCACAACCACAACUACCUACUCCCUUCGUCGGGAUUCGCCUGCAUCGUCUCGGGGGGACGAUUCGAGUACUAGUUCUAUUUCACUAGAUGGAAGACAGAGGAAACGCCUCAACAAGACAACCUCGGAGUCCCACACCUUACCUCGCUCGAAACCUUCGUUACGAGAACCUCGAUCAUCACCAAAGACUACUACUACUACUACUACUCAACGUGCCCAGCGUCAUGAGCAGAAGCCUAUAAGUAAUAAGACUUCGGACUUUCAGAAUUCAAGAUCUGAUGUCAAUACUAGUGUCUCCUCCUCGAAUGCCCUCGCCAAUAACAACAAUCCCAGAACCUUCCUACAUCCACCGAACGGCCACGCAGGGGCAAAUAUAACUACGUUUUAUGCUUUUGGUCAGAAUUCACUAAACACGCAGCAACCCGCAGAACCCCUUGGGGAACCAUUUGAUUUUUCGCCUUCAGGAAACUUGGAGGACAUUCAUAGGAGUAUCAUCGAUACAGAGCAGCUCAGCCAGUUUCCAACACCGAGACGGGGGAGAGGAAACACAGACGCGAUGGAAGAGAACCAUCACAGAACUCAACCAACAACAAUGGAGAGCCGACCGGCAGUUUUGCGACGACCAAGUGUCUCGAAUAAGAAUGUGAACAGUCAGGGACCGACCCAUUACGAGCAGCGAAGUCGUCGCCAGAGCAACGCGCCUACGCACCAAUCCUCGAAUAACUCCCUUUCGUCAACUUACCGCAAGUCAAUGGCAACAACAGAUACCGAGAGCUCAAAGCGGAGGAGGCCGAGUGCGGCCAAUAAUUCGCUUACACCACCAGUUCCAAAGGAGUACGUGCCUGGUAGUGGGUACUCCUCCAAGACUUCUGAUGCUGUUUAUAAGGUCCCUGCAUCUACUAGAACUGCAAAGUCAAAGUCUUUACAACCGCCUGCACGACAUCAGGGGCAAUCGAAGCCAUCGCUAUCUCCCGAGCACGGUCGUGCUCAAUCGAUGGCUUUCCCCCCGAAAUCCCCCAGAUCGCCGAGCCUGUUGAGUAAGCUAGGGGCCCCGAAGCAGGGCGGUAUUCCAUUAUCUACUUCUUCGCGAAGAAUCUCAACAAUUCCCCAUGCCUCAGGCCUGGGUGCCAGAACUGUUAGCCCUACUGACGCGAGGCGCGCGAAGCGCCUUUCAGCCAUCCACUCCCCAACUCCCCCUUCCCUACCCUUACCCGUAGAAGAUGCGCGGUCGGCUCCAGGUAGCCCAUCAAUGAUACCAAGAAAAAGCGUCACGCCAUCAUCCUCAGGGACAACCCCCGAGCCCCAGAGGAAAUCUUACAGUUCAGGUUUAUCCACCGCGUCUACAAACACUUCGGCGCGAACAUCCAUCGGUUCUUUGCAGCCGAAAUUGAGUCAGAAUCUAGCUGUCUCACGGUUACCCAAACCGCCUAGAGCUUCUGUAGAGAGAGAUGAAGAGAUCCCCCCUGUUCCGCCUUUGCCGAAGGAAUUGGCUUCCCCUAUGGUUGCCAAUUUUAGCGAUGCAGGUUACAACUCCAAUAGUAACGGGAGGAAGAGCGGCAAUAGCACCAAUGGAUACUUCGGACCACGGAAAGACAGUUUACCAACAGAACCGGAGCUCUUCGACAUGGAAUCUGAUGCUUCUUCAAGGCCAGCAGUGCCGGAGAAGCCGAAAUUUUCCGAAAAGAUUGAAAAAUCGGGAAGGACGUCGAAGGAGAAGUCGCCGGAGAAGACUACAAGGGCCGACAGAGAAACACGGAGAAAGCGUGGAAUGACAUUGGGUGGCAUGAAUGUGGGGCAGGGAAUGCAAACUCUGGAGUCCAAGAGCUCGUCUUCCAGCUUGAGGAAGAAGGACCUUGUCCCGCUGCGUCUGCCGCCUCUGAAUUUGUUGCCAUUGAGCACCCCGACAAUUGCUCGGGUCAAUGCUUUGGGACCCCAUUCAGAUUCAGAUGAGCUUACGCCACCGCAGAAGCGUAGUAUCAAAACGCCAAGCACACCGAUGACCGCAUCAAAAGCCGGUUUCUUUGGAAAGGGGAGGGAUAGGGAUGAGGCGGCAUAUAACCGAGCAACCAGCUCUUUCAACCACCCCACACAGCCAGCUGAAGAUAGUCCUUCAAGUCUUUCAUUGAGGGCGGGCUCAAGUGCAAGCAGCAGCAUUCCGGUUUCAGCAAGCAGCAGGAUGGGAAGGCAAACCAUCAGCCCAUAUGUUUCGCACUCACUCUCGAAGGGUACCCCGACUGGGGAAUUUGAAGGGGAGGGCAAGGAUCAUAAGGGAAGGCUCAUUGGAGUGACUUUGGGUGGCGGAGCUACAAGGGAAACCAAUAACAAGAGUAGAUCCAGGAAGAGCCAGGAAUCAGUGGGGAGUGCACCAGUAGCGGAGGAGACACCGGGCACCCCUACAAGCGCAAGCUCAAUCAGGAGGAAAUUGAGCUUGAGCUGGAAGAAGAGCAGUUCUAGUAAGCACAGCCAUGCUGCGACAGAAAGAGCUGAGGAAUAUUCGACACAGAAAUACGAUACUGCGCAGAAGUUCGAUUCGAUGCCGCCACCCAAACUUCCGAGCUCUGCUACAUGGUCAGCAACAACGAGCCACCCGCCAAGCCCCGUCAGAAUCCAGAAGGUGGCUACUUCCGGAGAAGGUCAGGCUAGAAGAAAGAGCUCGAUUGGCAAUGGUGUUAACCUUCCAGAAAGCUGGAGUAAGGAGACUAUUGCAUCUGAGAAAAGGUCUACGGAAAGCGUGGUUUCCCAACAACCCCCCCCAACACCUGCUAAGAAUUCAACUGGAAGCUCAAUUUUGGGACCGAUGACGAAAAUGCUGAGCAGUAAGCAUUCUUUGGGUCAAAUGAGACACAAAACUCAACCUGCAGUGCCAGCGCAUGCAGACCCCACUAUGGAUCAUGACGAUCUGAUGGCAGAGGAUGAGAUGAGGAAGAUUGCGAGCAAGCGAAAGAACUUGGAUGCUAUGGCUCAGGAAUUGGAGGAGCUGAAGCGCCGUGCAACACCAAAGGAACGCGUUUCUCCCCCCCAAGCUCUUCGCUCAAUCCCCUUGAACAUAUUUGAACGUGGCGAAAUCGUGGAUUACAAGGAAAUCUAUUUCUGUGGAACCUCUGAUGCCAAAAAGCACGUUGGUGAUUUGAACUCGACAACCUUGCCUAACUUUGGAUAUGAUGAUGAGCGUGGUGAUUAUAUGAUAGUAAAGGGUGACCACCUGGCAUACAGAUACGAGGUAGUUGAUGUCCUUGGUAAGGGAAGUUUCGGACAGGUCGUUAGAUGUGUAGAUCACAAGACUGGAGGUUUGGUAGCUAUUAAGAUUAUCAGGAACAAGAAGAGGUUCCAUCAACAAGCUUUGGUUGAGGUUAAUAUCCUCCAGAAGCUGAAGGAAUGGGAUCCACAUGGCAAGCACAGUCUUAUCAAUUUUACCCAGUCAUUUUACUUCAGAGGACAUUUGUGCAUCUCCACAGAGCUGCUUGGAAUGAACUUGUACGAGUUUAUCAAGUCGAAUGAUUUCCGCGGAUUCUCGCUGCGGCUCAUCAGGAGGAUGACCAAGCAGAUGUUGAGUAGUUUGGUGCUGUUGAAGGGAAAGAGGGUCAUUCAUUGUGAUUUGAAGCCCGAGAACAUUUUGCUGGCGCAUCCCAUGCGUUCAGAAAUCAAGGUCAUUGAUUUUGGAAGCAGUUGUUUUGAGCAUGAGAAAGUGUACACAUACAUCCAGUCUCGUUUCUAUCGUUCACCUGAAGUUAUUCUUGGAAUGACCUAUGGAAUGCCGAUCGAUAUGUGGAGUUUGGGGUGUAUCUUGGCUGAGUUGUUUACCGGUUACCCCAUCUUCCCAGGAGAGAAUGAGCAGGAGCAGCUGGCUUGUAUCAUGGAAGUGUUUGGCCCACCCGAAAAGCACUUGAUUGAGAAGAGUACAAGGAAGAAGCUGUUCUUCGAUUCUUUUGGGAAGCCGCGAAUGAUCGUCUCCUCCAAGGGCAAGCGAAGGAGACCUAGCUCCAAGACGCUCCAGUACGUCUUGAAAUGUGAUGAUGAAGCAUUCCUCGACUUCAUUGCUAGGUGUCUUCGCUGGGAUCCGGAGAAGAGGCUUAAGCCAGACGAGGCCAUGCACCAUGACUUCAUCACUGGCCGCAAAGCUACAAGGCCAAGAACGGCGACUGAGUCACCGAUAAAGCGCUUCAACACCUCGAGCUAUGCAACAUCGACUUCCAGGCCGCUUCCUGACCCACCUGCCACUAAGCCCAGGAUCACUCACGGGUCGUCAACAACCCAAACCUCCAACGCAUCACCGAUGAAGGGUUAUAGUUCAGUCAAGAGGAACCCCAGCACAGCAGGGGCAGGGGCAGGGGCAAUUUCAGGAACAAAGAGGAAUUCGAUGGGUGGAGCGGCAGUACAGAGUGGGCUACCAAGGGUUACAGCCGCUCAGAGGAGUGUGAGUGGAAAGGUGCCAACGCCGUCGUCAAGUUCUCAUGGCUUAAGAGGGUCUGCGGGAACUUCAUCCUCGAUUCGUCUGGUUAGGGAUGAUGAGUCGAGUGACAGCCAGACAGCGCAAAACACACAUCGAAACCAAAACCGAUGA